UAUUUAAAUAAAAAAGCUAAAUAUUUUCAACAGGCAUAUUAAAUAAAUUAUCAUAUUUCGAGAUUUUAAGAAUUAAAAAAUAUCAAGAUUGAUUUCACACGAGGCAAAAUGAGCAGCGCCUCCAUGGCGGCCUGCUUCAACUACGAAACCAACACACCGACACCCAGAAAGAACGACAAGGAUAAGGACAAUACUCUCGGCAUCAUGAGCUCUGUUGCCCUCCACCGUCCGCAGUCUCCAAACUCCCGUGUGGAAGAUGAGCUCAAGGAGAAGAGUGGGAGAGCUCUCAACUCCACCACUGACCCGCUGGAGAAAUUGCGCUUGCUAUGCUUGUCGCGAGGCGCGUCGGGUAUCAUUGGCCUUGGAAGGAUCUUUCGGAGAAUGGAUGACGAUGGCAGCAAGCACCUGAACAGGGAGGAGUUCUUUAAAGGCAUCCAGGAGACUGGGUUGGAUCUAUCCCACGAGGAUGCAGAAGAGUUGUUUGAGAGGUUUGACACAGACAACAGUGGAUCAAUAAACCUUGACGAAUUUCUGAAGCAAGUUCGGCCUCCGAUGUCAGAGUCUCGUCGCGCUAUAGUGGAGCAGGCGUUCCGCAAGCUGGACAAGUCGGGCGACGGCCUGCUGAGCGUUGAGGACGUGCGCGGAGUGUUCGCUGCCACAGCCUAUCCUAGAUAUAUGAGCGGCGAGGAAACGGCUGAUGUGAUCCUGAACAGAUUCCUCGCUAAUUUCGAAACUGAGGGCACAGUAGAUGGAAAGAUAACACUGGAGGAGUUUAUGAACUACUACAGCGGCAUCAGCGUGUCGAUCGAUAACGACUGCUACUUCGACCUGAUGAUGCGACAAGCCUACAGGCUGUAACUUGCUUAGGGUCAACACUAACCGGCGCGGCACAGCUCAAGCACAGCACUUAGUUCGUCAUUCAAAUGAUCUUACAUUACAGCGUGCCUCGAACUCAGUUUACAGUAUAGAAAAUACAAAGAUAAAAUCUACAUUAAGGUUAUUAUAAUGCUAACAAACGAUAGUUGGCGCACGCUAAAUCGUCCACGGCCUUUAGUGUAAGAUUUUACAUCUCAUCAAAGGCGAGGUUGAUAGAAGCGUUGAAAUUUGAAACAAGGCAUAAAGCCUGUAGAAUAGGUAUGCGAUCAGCAUUACUUUGAAUGAUGUGCUUAAGCAGUGCUGCGUAAGUGAGCGACGACCUUACAUAUUCGUCUUGCUUUCACACAUGCACUGACCGAGAGUGGUAGAGGCAAACAAUAAUAUUGUAACUAAUUCUGUUGUAUCCAAUCUCGUAAAAUGACAGGUCUAAAUCCCUUUAAUAAUUAAUACUCCUUGCUAAAAUAAUAUCAUUAGAUUUAGACCCUGUCUUGUCAACACCAUUGCACGACAUCACUGCGGUGUUGUUUUCAAUAUUAUUUUGGUAACGCCACCACCGCCGACUAUUAUUGUUUUAUUUAACGUAGAAUCUCACUAGUCAGUGUUGUUACCAAAACAUUAUUGUAAACGACACCCAGUGGUGUGUCGUCGAGUGGUGUUGACAGGAUUAGAUUGGAUUUAGACCUGUAAAAUUAUUUGAGAGAUUGGUGGAAAACAGAAUUUGUGUUGUUCAAAAGCGCACUGCUUCCUUGUUAUUAUAAGUAAUGAUAUUAUUUUAUUAACUAAAUUAUACGUUAUACGGUGUAACAAAUUAUUGCAUUUAAAUAAAGGCUUUAACAUCUA